CGGACAGUAAUACCUCGUAGGUUUCACUCGUCACCUUGCUUGGUCAGAAUCCGUCCAUCUACGUCCUAAUAUCACAUAGAUCUCUAGGAAGGUCCCUCGGUGGAGUUGUUUUCGACGAAUCAUUCCAUAGGCCCUCCUGAAUUUUACAAAUGUCGGCCAGGGAUUUCCUUCCCAACACACCCUGACACGCCGAGUUUUCAAGCUCACCAUGAUGUCAAUAUGUUGCUUCGACGGCCCGCGGCAGCCUUGUCGCUUUGUCAUAUUCAUCGUCAUUUACUAAUUCCUGCAUUGACAUAUCCCCUGAGGUGAGUCGAGGUACUUGGUAUAAAGAGAGAAGAUGUAUCUGCUUCAGUUCCGAAUUCUACAUCAACAGAAACAAGACAUCAUUAGGGUAAUACUCUCAACACGACACUCCCAAGCACUCUCCUAUAAAAAGCGACCACACCGAUAAAAUCAAACAACAUCUUCAUUCCCCCCAGAUCGACACCAAAAAGCAUCAGUCAUGGUCAGCUUCACGGUUUUCAAGGGAGACAGGGACGGACAACUUUUCGAGGACACCACAACACGAAACAUCGGCCCACACGAGGUUCUAAUCCGCAUCACACAUAGUGGUCUUUGUGGCACCGACCUUCACUACAAGACCACCAAUUCAGGCCUGGGCCAUGAAGGGGUCGGCGUUGUCGAGGAAAUUGGUGAGAGUGUGACCAGAUUCAAAAAGGGGGAGCGUGCAGGCUGGGGCUACGAGCACAACUCUUGCGGCCACUGUAAACAGUGUCUGACCGGACGGGAAACGUUCUGUGCUGAACGAGAAAUGUACGGUGCGGCGAACCUGGAUCAAGGUUCCAUCGGUUCCCACGCUGUCCUGAACGAGAACUUUUUGUUCAAGAUCCCCGAGAGCUUGUCCUCCGAAGAAGCCGCCCCCUUGAUGUGUGGCGGCGCUACCGUCUUCAACUCACUCCAGUUGUACAAUGUCAGGAGUACCGACCGGGUAGGUGUGCUCGGCGUCGGGGGUCUUGGCCAUCUGGCCAUCCAGUUUGCCGCACGAUUAGGUUGUGAAGUGGCCGUCUUUUCGGGGACCGACAGCAAAAAGGACGAAGCCAUGAGACUGGGUGCGACAGAAUUCUACGCUGUCAAGGGCCUCAAGGAACUCAAGAUCAAGGCUCCCAUUGACCACUUGCUCGUCACCACUGCCUCCCAACCAGACUGGAACCUGUAUCUUCCUGUCAUGGCACCAUCAGGGACCAUCUACCCCUUGACAGUCAGUGAAGAUGACCUGAAAAUGCCCUACAUGCCUUUGAUCAUGCAGGGUCUGAGGAUGCAGGGAAGUCUGGUGGCCACGAGACAGAUCCACCGGGAAAUGUUGGAGUUUGCAGCCCUUCAUCACAUCAAGCCCAUCAUCCAGACGUUCCCCAUGAGUUUGGAGGGUGUCAACAAAGCAUUCGAGACACUGGAGGCCGGCAAGAUGAGAUACCGGGGUGUUUUGGUUGCGCAAUAAAUUGUGAGCGUUUGAUUUUGUGCUAUCAAGCACGGGUUGCAUAGAGUCGUAAUAUACUAGGUAAUGGAAGGUACAUUUCCU